AAGUCUGAAGACAGUAGUUCUAAUGGCAUGAGCAUUGCAUUGCGAUUUAGUCCAGCCACUGUAUUGUGCGCUUACGAAACGCCACUGGUUUAAACUCUUGACAGUUCAUCGAGGAACCUAUACAUCAAUAAAGGAGAGUUUGCGGACAAGUACCUAAAAGUAGCGGUGCGCUCCGAUACUGACACUUGGUUCAUUUCAAUAAUAACAACAGCAACAACAACAACAACAACCGCAAAAGGGAUAUGGUGUUGGACAUGUGAAUUAUAGGAGUUACAACCACCUUCUUGCCCAAAAUGAAGCUGGCGUCUUCUCCGUGUUUGUUUGGCUUUCUUCUGACCGCACUCGUGUUUCGGAUGGGCACAUCGCAGUCAGUGUGCACCGGGACGGAAAACAAGCUUAGUACCCUGUCAGACCUGGAGCAGCAGUAUCGCACCCUGCGCAAGUACUACGAGAACUGCGAAGUCGUCAUGGGCAACCUGGAGAUCACCAGCAUCGACCGCAGCCGGGAUCUCUCCUUCCUGCGGUCGAUUCGGGAGGUGACGGGCUAUGUGCUGGUGGCUCUAAACCAGUUUGACUACUUACCCCUGGAAAACCUGCGCAUCGUGCGGGGCACGAGGCUCUACGAGGACCGCUACGCACUGGCCAUCUUCCUCAACUACCGACGGGAUGGAAACUUCGGACUUCGAACACUCGGCCUCAAAAACCUCACAGAGAUCCUCCACGGCGGCGUGUAUGUGGACAACAACAAGUUCCUGUGCCACGCGGACACCAUCCACUGGCAGGACAUCGUGAAGAGCGCCCCCGCGGGCCACCUGGUGGUACCCACCAACAGCAGCAACACAUGUCCAAGGUGUCAUUUCUCCUGUUAUGGUCGAUGCUGGGGACCAAAGGAGGACCAGUGCCAGACUUUGACUAAGACGCUGUGUGCUGAGCAAUGCGAUGGACGCUGCUUCGGGCCCUACGUCAGCAACUGCUGCCACCGGGAGUGCGCUGGAGGCUGCUCGGGACCCAAGGACACCGACUGCUUUGCGUGCACUAAUUUCAAUGACAGCGGGGCGUGCGUGACCCAGUGUCCCCAGCCGCUGGUCUACAACCCAAACUCUUUCCAGCUGGAGCAGAACCCGAUGGCCAAGUACACCUACGGCGCCUUCUGCGUCAAGAAGUGCCCACAUAACUUUGUGGUGGACCACAGCUCCUGUGUGCGCGCAUGUCCAAGCAGCAAGACUGAGGUGGAGGAGAAUCGGGUGAAGAAGUGCAUUCCCUGUACCAGCGUCUGUCCCAAAGCCUGUGAUGGGAUCGGCACGGCCAGCCUACAAACAGCUCAGACCGUGGACUCCAGCAACAUCGACAGAUUUGUCAAUUGCACCAAGAUUAAUGGCAACUUGGUGUUCCUCAUCACUGGCAUCAAGGGGGACUCCUAUCAUAAAAUACAGCCUCUGGAUCCAGAGAAACUCAACAUCUUUAAAACUGUAAAGGAGAUCACAGGCUUUCUGAACAUUCAGUCCUGGCCAGAGAACAUCACAGACCUUGGUGUCUUCUCCAACCUAGAGACCAUCGGGGGGAGAUCUCUGUACAGUGGCAUCUCGCUGCUGGUGCUGAAGCAGCAGUGGAUCUCCUCCCUCCGGCUCCAGUCCCUGCGGGAGAUCAGCGCCGGUAACGUCUACGUCACCAACAACAGCCAACUGUGCUACUACAACACUGUCAACUGGACCGGCCUCUUUCGGACCAACACGCAGAAGGUCCUCAUCCGCAACAACCGGGACCCCAAAGAAUGCACCACUCGUCGGAUGGUGUGCGACCCGCUGUGCUCGGACGCUGGAUGCUGGGGCCCGGGACCAGACCAAUGCCUGUCCUGCCGCUUCUUCAGCAGGGGACGCACCUGUGUGGAUACCUGCAACCUGUACGGCGGGGAUGUUCGGGAGUUUGCCAACGGCUCGGUAUGCCUGGAGUGUGACCCUCAGUGUGAGCAGGCCGAGGAUGAGUCCUUUACCUGCACUGGACCGGGACCCGAUCACUGUGUGAAAUGCCGACACUUCAAAGACGGCCCCAACUGUGUGGAGAAAUGCCCUGACGGAGUGCAGGGAGCCAACAGCUUCAUCUUCAAAUACGCCGAGGCCAACAACGAGUGCCACCCCUGCCAUGCCAACUGUACUCAAGGGUGUCUUGGACCCAGGCUGCAGGACUGUAUUGGCAUCAUGGACAGGACGCCCCUGAUUGCAGCGGGGGUGAUUGGGGGUCUGUUCGUGGUGGUCAUCGUGGCCCUGAGCGUGGCCGUGUCGCUACGCAGGAAGAACAUCAAGAAGAAGAGAGCCCUCCGACGCUUCCUGGAGACUGAGUUGGUGGAGCCCCUGACGCCGAGCGGAGCGUCCCCAAACCAGGCCCAGCUGCGCAUCCUCAAAGAGACCGAGCUCAAGCGGGUGAAGAUCCUGGGAUCAGGCGCCUUUGGCACCGUCUACAAGGGCAUUUGGGUCCCCGAGGGAGAGACCGUGAAGAUCCCGGUGGCCAUAAAGAUCCUGAACGAGGCCACGGGCCCUAAAGCCAACAUGGAAUUCAUGGACGAGGCCCUGAUCAUGGCCAGCAUGGAGCACCCCCACCUGGUGCGUCUGCUGGGCGUGUGCCUGAGCCCCACCAUCCAGCUGGUGACGCAGCUCAUGCCGCACGGCUGCCUGCUGGACUACGUGCACGAGCACAAGGACAACAUCGGCUCCCAGCUGCUGCUCAACUGGUGUGUCCAGAUCGCCAAGGGUAUGAUGUACCUGGAGGAGAGGAGGUUGGUCCACAGGGACUUGGCAGCCAGGAACGUGCUCGUCAAAUCCCCCAACCACAUCAAGAUCACAGACUUUGGGCUGGCGCGGCUCCUUGACGCCGACGAGAAGGAGUACAAUGCAGAUGGUGGCAAGAUGCCAAUCAAGUGGAUGGCUCUGGAGUGUAUCCACUACAGGAAGUUCACCCACCAGAGCGACGUGUGGAGCUACGGAGUGACCAUCUGGGAGUUGAUGACUUUUGGAGGGAAGCCGUAUGACGGAAUCCCCACCCGCGAGAUCCCAGACCUGCUGGAGAAAGGAGAGCGUCUGCCCCAGCCUCCCAUAUGCACCAUCGACGUCUACAUGGUCAUGGUCAAAUGCUGGAUGAUCGACGCCGACAGCAGACCGCGCUUCAAGGAGCUGGCGGGAGAGUUCUGCCGGAUGGCACGCGACCCGCAGCGCUACCUGGUGAUCCAGGGCGACGACCGCAUGAAGCUGCCCAGUCCCAAUGACAGCAAGUUCUUCCAGAGCCUGCUGGACGAGGAGGAGCUGGAGGAUCUGAUGGAUGCAGAGGAGUACCUGGUGCCCCACGGCAUCAACGUGCCGCCCCUGGCUUACACCCUCCGCGCACGCAUGGACUCCAACAGGAACCAGUUCAUGUGUCAGGACGGCAGCUACAGCAGCCGGGAGGACAUGAUGUCCACCAUGCCGCGGGUGGUGGCGGUGUCAGCCCUGUCCCCUACCUGCUCCUCCCAGGACACCUCCAUCAGCAUCAGCGCCAGCGCCGCCUCCUCCGAGGGCGUCGUCUUCCCGGACCCCCGUUGCAACGGCACCCUGCGGAAGAAGCAGCAGCAGCAGCCCAAGCAGCAGCAGCAGCAGCAGGUGUUGACGGUGCGGGCCGCCGCCGCCGCAUCGAUGGAGGACAGCAGCGGGCAACGCUACAGCGCCGACCCCACCGUGCUCCUGGCAGAGCGUGCCACCGCCGCCGGCCGGGCCGAGACCGACGAGGACGGCUACAUGACCGCCGGCCAGGAGAAGAACCCCACAGACUAUCUCAACCCUGUGGAGGAGAACCCGUUUGUCACCCGACGCAGGAACGGAGACGUCCACGGCGUGGAGGGCCAGGGUUACCACGGCGCCCCCAAUGGCCAACCGAAGGUAGAGGACGAGUACGUCAACGACCCGCUCUACCUCAACACGUUCCACAGCACCGGCGACAAAGCCCAGGAUGCUCUUCGGAAGAACGGCAUUCCCCUGUCACACCUGAUGGCCGCCGGGGGUGUGGGUGUGGGCGCGAGCGCAGGUGCCAUCGGCAGCCUGCAUCAUCCCAUGCAGGCGGGCAACCCACACCCACACCCACACCCACAGCUGGGCUCUCAGGUGGGGGGAGAGCACCCCGCCCGGGCGCACAUGCCCUCGCAGCCCCCGUACCCGGCCCCUCCGUCCCUCACCACCCUCUCGGGCCACACGCUGCACCCGGCGCACCCCGCACACCCCGGACACGCGCUCCACCCGGCGCACACCCUCCACCCGGCGCACAGCGGCACCAUCAUGGCCGGCGACAAGAAGCCCAAAAAGACCUUCGACAAUCCCGAGUACUGGCAGCACAGCCUGCCGCCCAAGGCCUCGCUGCACAACCCCGAGUACCUGCAGGACUGCAGCACGCGCUUCUUCUACCGGCAGAACGGACGCAUCCGGCCCGCCGUGGCCGAGAACCAGGAGUACCUGUCCGAGUUCGCGCUCAAGCCCGGGACCUCGUUGCCCCCUCCACCAUACAGGCAGAGGAACACUGUCGUGUAGCUGACUCGGCGACUCGUGGA